AUGUUGCUUUUUUGGAAAAACCGGCAUUUUGAAAAUGUAACAUUAUUUAAUCAUUCCGAUGUAACCUGGCAUUAGGUCGACACUAGAAAAAAAUGUAAGUGACCUCUAAACUAGUGCAAACAAAAAGAUGAAAGACAAAGAGGAGAGGAAGGUCGUGCACAGCGAAGAAACGUUACAUCAGAGGAAACAGGAUAAACUACAGCGUCAAGUGGACCAACACGAGGGAAAGCUACUGUCGAAUAACCACCAGAGACUCCACACGUCCAAGGAUGUCAACGAGUUAAUCCCCUCCAAGGCCCUAACAGCGGAUAUUAAUAUUCGACUACAAGAUGACUCGGCGAAGGACAGUUCCGUAAUGGCAUUCGUAGCGGUCGGGAUUCUCAUUGGACAUUUGUUGGCUAUCCUGGCCAUUAUAAUUUGUCGGUGUUAUAAAGCAAGAUCGGACACUGACAGUGAUGGACAGAAAUAUGUUGACGUUGUCAGCAAGGGACAUAAACAAGAAAAGAGAAAUGAAGACGUUGACAGAUCCCUUUCCAACCACUCCUUGAAGUUACGACCUUUGUCAACAGUCAAGGUCAACAGAGCGACAAGCACCAGCCAAAGAAACCUCCUGACCUCCCAGACAUCUCUGAAAUCUACACCGCUGACCAGUGAGAAACAAAACCAGACGUCGCGCCUCUCCUUAGAGCCCCCACUUCCAGUGUUUAAAUCUACAACAGGACAGAUGUCCCAUCUCUCUAUGAACUCCGCACCACCAGUGUUUAGAUCCGUCCCUGACAAACGGUUCAAGCUUUCCCGUAUGUCUAUAAAUUCUGCACCACCAGCCUUUGGAUCAACAAAGGACCAAACGUUAGGUCUGUCCUCAAAUCCCCCAGUCAAAGUGUUUGGAUCCAAGCAAAACCAGACUUCCUUCAUAUCAAUGAAAUCGGCACCAUCAGACCUUAGAUCCGCCCCAGUGAAACAGAAACAAAUAUCCCAUCUCUCCAUUAAGUCCGCGCCUCCCGCUUUGGAUUCCGCACAGGGUCAGCUUUUUCGGCUCUCUAUGAAAUCAGCUUCUACUGCCGUUAGGUCGACCCAAGAGAAACAAAUUCAGACUUCCCGUCUUUCAUUGAUACGCGAAAUGUCAAACACUCGACAAAAUAAAGCUGUGGAAUCUAAAGAGUUGGUCAAGUCCAACACCCGUAUAGGUUUACUGCAAGAAAAACAAUUGCCUUCCCGCCUGUCUUUAAGGUCUGCACCACCAACUGCAAACCACGCGAAUAAUGUGAAAUACGAUGUAAAGGAGACAUCCUCGAAUCCUGAAAAUAUAUUUUCAUUGACCAACAAGGGUAAGCCUCGCAGUGUGACGUCACAGCACGUUGAAUUAAAACCAUCUUUUCCGCUAACAUCGAAAUUUACGGACCUUAACGAUUCAAUGGUUUCAGUUCAUGAAGGUGCAACAACUGGACAGAGAUCGGACGGUUCGGUACAUACCGGUCUCCAUUCGAUACCAUCGGUACCAGAGAAUAACAACUCCACUACUGAUGACACGAGGGCCUUGGGGGUACGCCCUGCACCCCCGUAUCUGACGGGCAUCCAUCAGUUCAGGAGAGACAGUGGGUGGUGAGAAGAGGGUGUCGGAUGUUCAUUGACACCCAACCCCCUCUGGCAGUUGCUCAUUUUGGUUUGCAUUUCAAUUUACAAAUUGAGAUACCCGUUAAUUUAAAGUAUUUUGUUUAUUGCUAAUACAUAUCCGUUAUUCAUUGAUUGAUAUUACAUGUAUCCCUUUUUA